UUGCUAUUGUUGGCAUGGGUGGAAUAGGUAAAACUACUCUUGCUCAGAAGAUUUAUAAUGAUGAGAAGCUUCGGGACAAUUUCAACCAAAUGCCUCUAAUUUGGUUGUGCGUGUCCCAAGAUUUCUCCGAGUCCGAUUUACUGAGAUCUAUCAUAAAGCAAGCUGGAGGUGAUCCUGAAGAGGCCAAGGAGAAGGAAGUGCUUGAACCCAUGCUUAGCCAAGUCAUCACAAACAAAAAGUUCUUCUUAAUCUUAGAUGAUGUUUGGGAUGCACGAGUAUGGGAUGAGUUACUGAGAAAGCCCUUGCAGAGUGGUUUGGCGGAUAGUAAAAUUUUGAUAACAACUAGAAAUAUAAAUGUUGCUAAACAAAUGGGUGCAAUACACAGUCAUAUGGUGGAAAAGUUGUCUCGAGAAGAUGGUUGGUCACUAAUCUGCAAGAUGGUGUUCGAGGAAGGGGAUGAACAAGAUAUGCAUGUGUUAAGUGAUGUGGGGAUGAGAAUUGUAGAGAAAUGUGAUGGCCUUCCACUUGCUCUCAGGACUGUUGGAGGGGUUCUUCAAACCAAGGAGAAAAGGCAAUCAGAAUGGGUAAAGGUCCUUUCCAGCCCAGCAUGGUCUUUUACGAAGCUUCCAAAUGGCGAGAUGGGCCCGUUGUACUUGAGCUAUCUGGAUUUACCACCUCCUCUCAAGCAGUGCUUCACUUGGCUUUCAUUAUUACCUCAGGACUACCUAAUUUCUGAUAAUAAUUUUGUUCCUAGUUGUAUUGCAGAGGGCUUUGUAACAUCCGAAGAUGGUACUCCUUUGGAAGAUGUGGCAAGAGAGUAUUGGAAGGAGUUGGUGCAAAGGAACCUUCUACAGCCAGAUCCUACUUGGUAUGAUGAAGGAGGUUGCAAGAUGCAUGACCUCCUGAGAUCUCUAUCUCAGCACAUAGCACGGGACGAGUGCUUCGUCGGAGAUGCGCGGGCAUUUGAAAACAAGAUUAUGUCCUCUUCAUCAUCAUCAUUGAUAAAAUUACGCCGUUUAUCAAUUGUAGAUGGAAAAUUAGAAACCAUAUCAGACUUGAUUAUGAAACAAACAUCCUUGAGGACCCUGUCAUUCUUCCAUACCCCACUUAUUCAUGAUCUUCCAGAAGAUCUCUUCAGAAAGCUGAGGAGUUUGAGGGUUCUCAACUUGCGUAAAGCAGCCAUUAACAAUCUCCCCACUUCCUUGGGACAUCUCGUGCACCUUAGACGUCUUGAUCUCGGUAAGACUCCAAUAAGAGAGAUACCAGAUAGUAUAAGGAAUCUUAGAAAUCUUCAAUUCCUGAUACUCAUCGAUUGCAAAUAUUUGCACAGCCUCCCUAGCGGUUUCCUCGGGUUAAUCGGUCUAAGGGUUCUGGAUAUCUCGAAUACACCACUUGAUGGCAUGCCAAGGGGAACAGGGACACUGCAACAGCUAUAUACAAUCUGGGGAUUUGUGGUAAAUGAUAGCAAGGGCCGUACAUCUGGAGUAGGAGGAGAUGACAGGGAGCAAGAGCAUAAGGCACAUCAUCAACAGGGGAGGUUCUGCUCCUUGGAAGAGUUGAAAUCACUCUCCCAACUCCGAUAUCUUAGCAUAUACAAGUUGGAGAGGGUAUCAAAUAGAGCUGAAGCAAGAGCUGCUGCGCUUGAAGCCAAGCCCCAUCUUUUCAAACUAGAGAUGCAUUGCACACCUCCGAGAAGCUCUCCCGAUGUGCGGCAGCCUCGUGCAAAUGAUUUUGAGGAGGAAGAAAUCAAGAGAAUAGGGGAGGUCUUUGAGGAGCUCUGCCCGCCGCCAUGCCUCGAAAUUCUUGAAAUCUAUGGCUACUUCGGCCUCCAGUUUCCCAGCUGGAUGAUGACACCCUCCUUGUCAUUGCUCUGCAACCUACGAAGGCUAGUUUUAAAUAAUUGUGCUCUAUGCCAGCAACUUCCACCCUUAGGAAUGCUGCCACAGCUGGAUUACCUCCAUAUUAAGGGUGCUUCUGCAGUCAUGAGCAUCGGGCAUGAAUUCUUGUUGCUAGCGAGUGGAAGAAAAAUGGACUCUUCCUUCUCCACCUACUUCCCCAAACUGGAGAAACUUCAUUUCAAAGACAUGCCUAAUUGGGAAGAAUGGUGGUGGCGGUUGGAGGAGGAGGACGAUCAGACAACAUCGUUGCUGCCUUCUCUUAAGGAAUUGAGCAUUGAUGGAUGUCCGAAAUUGAGGUCUCUUCCGGAGAGCCUCCUCUGUCGUGCCACCGCCCUGAAGAAAUUAAUAAUUAGAGAUGCCCACAGCUUGAGAGAAAUACAAAGCCUCCGCUUUCUUACAGAAUUGAUCUUGGUGGACAACUCAAGUUUGGAGAGAGUGUCGAUCUUUCCUGCACUAAACCACCUGUGCAUUCGUAAUUGUAAGGAGUUGAUGUAUGUGGAGGGUGUGGAUGCCGUGAAGCACAUACAGCUUGAUGAUCGAGAAGCAGAGUCUCUCCCAGAGUGGUUAGUAGGCGCUGGUAAAGAACAGCCGUGCUUCCCUUCGCUCCACAAGUUGACUCUCAAAAACAGAAUCUGUUACCGAGGGCUACCUGAUUGGCCUCUGAUCUGAUGACACAUCACCAUCUCAUAUUGAAGCAAUGUGUUCCCCCUCUCUUUCCCUUUUUUUUACUCUCGUUCUGCAGUUAGGAAUGGAUCAUAAUCUAGGCUCCAUAUUUCACAUCUGCUGCUUUAGCAAACAAGAGAUGCGAGAUUACUUGCCAACUUCAUGAUACUCUGCAUCAUUCUCGUCCUUUCAGGUAUCUCUCAUCCAUCUUUCAACAAGAACAAGCAACAGCGGUGAUUGUGAGCUGCAACAAGCAAUUUGAAAGGUAUAACCGGCCAUCAGACCCACAGUUACAGAAAUCUCAAGAGAAAGGAUUGAUGACUGCAAGAUGAUAUGAUGGUGCUCCGAACGUCAUUAUUUCACCUGCUUGGCCAGAAGAAGUUAGCAACGCGGGCCAAAUCUUAUGAGAUCAGUGUAUCAUAUUUGGAAGUAUGGACAUAGGAAAGAUGUCACCGAAAACAUGGAGCCUGUGGGCAAGUAAAUUAUCGAGUUCUGCUUUUCCUUGUUUUGAGGACCAUAGUUUUUGCAGUUUGACUGAGGAAAUCAUGUUCGACGUAUAUACCAUAUUUGGAUGGACAAGGACUGGAAAGAAAUUACAUUUUUUGUAGAGUCUAUUUGCAUGAAUACAUGAGCAGAUGGAUUUGUGAAUACAUAAACCAAAUUUUGUACUUUGA